UUCAGAGCUUCAGUAACCAUAAUGCAGUUUAAAAAAAAUAAUGUAUAUCUUCGCAACAAACAAACUAUGAUAUUUCGUAUAAAAAUCUUAUUUUGUUCGUUAUUCCUGUUUAUCGUAGUUCAGUCUAUCAUUUAUAUCAGGUCUAUAGAUUUUUUUAAAAGUUACCAUAAAUAUUUCGUGCCUAAACAUGACCUCUAUUGCCAUUUUCUAUCUGUGUACGAUACACUUCCCAGCGUGAAAGACGAUAAAAUAGUGAAAGAUACGUCGAUUUUCUUUUUGGAAACGUCUUGUAAUUCUUAUAAUCGAGGAAAAAUCUUAAUAAGGAGUCGGCAAGCAUGUGCUGUUGAAAGUGCAGCUAGAAUGAACCCAAAUAAAACGGUUUAUCUACUUUAUGCAUCCCCUGGUAUGUUUCGAGAUGACCAUACCCAAUCGGAUGAACUAAUCAAGAACUUAAUGGCUUACUCUAAUAUAAAAUUGCAAUAUCUCAAUAUGAAAAAGUUCGUUCAAGGAACGCCAGUUGAAAAGCUCUGGACUAGCGAGAAAAUAUAUCGUUCAAAAUAUAUUUUACCGCAUAUGAGUGACAUUUUAAGAUAUUUAACUCUAUGGAAAUAUGGAGGAAUAUACAUUGAUCUCGACGUGAUAGUAACGAAAAACUUGGACUCUCUGGAGCAAAACUUUGCUGGUGCAGAAGACUCAAAUUACAUAGCCAGUGGCGUGAUGGGAUUUAGUAGUAAAGGGAUAGGACAUCAGUAUGUUAACUCUUGCGUUUAUGACUUGGCUGAAAACUUUGACGGGGAUGCGUGGAGUGCAAAUGGGCCUUUGGUUGUCACGAAUUUAGGCAACAGAUUAUGCAAUGCAGACUUCAAGGACUUUAUCGGCCAAUCCUGCCAAGAUUUCCACAUAUAUCCUCCAGAAGCUUUUUAUGCCAUUCCGUUCCAUACAUGGGAACAGUUUUUCAACAAUAGCGAACUCGCCAACGUUAAGGAGAAAACGCAAGACAGUUAUCUCAUACACGUAUGGAAUAAACUCAGUUACCACGCGAAAAUUCCCAUCGAGGACGAUGUGCCUUAUUUGGACUUUGCCAGAAAGUACUGUCCGGGAACUGUUCGGCAUUUAAAGAGAUAUUUUUAAUGAAAUUUUGUUUUAAUUUUAUUGACUUUAUUUCUGAUAAAUUAUACGUUUAUAAAAAAAAACUGACGAUAUAUACAGAAAUGAUCUGCACUGUUAAUGAAAAUAUUUAUUGUGUAUAACUUGUGUAAUUUAUGUACUAUUUAUUUAGAAUAAACUUUUUGUUAUUAAA